AUGUCUUACAAAAAGGAAUUUCUUACAUUAACCACAUUUUUUGUGUUUGGAUUCGUCCACGUUGAUGCUGUAAAUAAUGGCUUGGCUUUAACACCACCAAUGGGUUGGUUGACAUGGGAGAGGUUCAGGUGUAAUACUGAUUGUACAAAUGACCCGGAUAAUUGCAUUAGUGAGAACUUGAUCAAAGCGAUGGCAGAUCAUAUAGUAGCUGAUGGAUAUAAAGAUGUCGGUUAUGAAUAUGUUUGCAUUGAUGAUUGUUGGCCCACGAAAGCACGUGGUCCAGAUGGACGACUUAUUCCAGAUCCAGACAGAUUUCCCAGUGGAAUGAAGGCUUUAGCUGAUUAUGUUCAUGGCAAAGGUCUAAAACUAGGAAUUUAUGAAGAUUUCGGACAUUCGACAUGUGGAGGUUAUCCAGGCAGUGAAUUCUAUUUGAAGACAGAUGCGCAGACUUUUGCUGAUUGGGGAAUUGAUCUAUUAAAGUUUGAUACUUGCAAUUCUGACCAUGUGGACUUUGCAUAUGGAUUUCCCGCCAUGGAAUUUUUUUUAAACCAAACCGGAAGACCAAUUCUAUUCUCCUGUGAAUGGCCACACGGAGAAGGCUCGAGCAACUUUUCUGCCAUUCGAGAUACUUGUAAUAUAUGGAGAACAGGAGCAGACGUUCAAGAUUCCUGGGACAGUGUCUUUGGAAUUAUAGAUUUUUAUGCAAACAACAAAGAUAAUUUCAGCUACUACUCCGGUCCGGGUGGAUGGGCAGAUCCAGAUAUGCUGGUAGUAGGUGAUUUUGGAUUGAGUUAUGAACAAGAGAGAACACAGUUUGGAAUGUGGGCCAUGUUUGCUUCACCUCUUCUGAUGUCUGUUGACCUUCGAAAUAUUAGAAACGAAUCAAAAGCAUUGUUACAAAAUAAAAAUAUCCUAGCUAUCAAUCAAGAUCCAAUGGGAAGACAAGCUACACUUAGAAUGAAGACUUGA